GCAUUGAAUUUUUUCAAAGUUUGAAGGCAAUGAUGCAGAUGACUAAUGGUGACAAAGCACAAAGGGAGUACAUUGGAGGGCAGUACUAUCAAGACUCUGUGACAAUUGUCAACAAAGGGGUUGAAAUGUUUUAUCAGAAAGUCUUGACCAUUCUCACUUGUCUUGACCUCUCCAACAACAGUUUCCAUGGGAGAAUACCAGAAGAAAUACAAGUUCUCAUGUCACUUAGAGUGCUAAACUUGUCCCAUAAUAGCUUCUCCGGAAAAAUCCCAUCAGCACUUGACAACCUAAAAGACCUUGAGUCCUUGGAUCUCUCACAGAACAAGCUCUCUAGGGAGAUUCCUCCACAGCUUGCAAGUCUAACUUUCUUGGCAGCUCUAGAUUUGUCUUACAAUCAACUUGAAGGGAGCAUACCACAAAGCAACCAAUUCAGUACAUUUACAAAUGAUUCUUACCAGGGGAACCCAAAAUUAUGUGGGCCACCAUUGUCAAGGAAAUGCAACCUAAUUCAGGGGAAGAUGAAGAAGAUUCAUGGUUGGAUGCUAUGUCUGACUCACAUAACAAUGAUAAACGGAUUAGGAAUUGCCGGUUGGGGAGAUGGGGGAACUGAAACAGAUGCAGCAAUGUUAAACAGGGUUUGGCUGAAUUCAUCUGAGGAUCAUAUAACAUUGCAGUACCUUAACUGUAAUCCGAAUGACAAGAUCGUUUCCGUCUUCCUCUCGGUUUCGUUGCAAGGGCCAAACUCCCUAGUGUCCUGGCUGCCAAACUCAAGAAUCAAGAUCAUAAUGAUGACAAUCUCAGUGAAAAAAUUUAAGGAGUGGAACUGGAUUCUUCACAGAUUGCCUGGACUUAAAACCGACUUCUUAAUUUCUCGACCAUCGUUUUCAGAGAUGUCCAUCGGUGUAACACUGAGGAGGUGGGGACCCUAA